GUUCGAGGUUUUGAUAUGAGAUCGGACUCGACUCGAGUUCGGGCGUGGUGCGAAUUUUAAAGUGCAGGAUUGAGAAAUUGCCAAAAGCAAGCCCGGACGCAGCGGCCGCACGGCACGGAGAAGAGAACCGUUCAAAUGGGCGACGCCGAUCUGGCUGUCGGCGGUGUUGGCAGCAGCAGUAGCAGCGAAGAGGACGGGGAUGCUGACUGGAAAGCAGCCAUCGACUCCGUUGCCGCAGUCAGCUACGGCGUACCGGCCUCGAAUGGUCGCCGGAAGCCCAGCAAUUCCGACGCGGAUUCCUCUUCCGACGAGGACAAUAAGCACCACGACCGAAGGAUGCUUUCCAAAGCCCCUAAGCUGAAGCUUUAUCAGAUAAAGGCCCAAAAACUUCUGGAUGACCUAUUGGAUAAAAGCCUUGAGAUGGUCAAAAGCUCUGGCUUCUCCGAUGAUGAAAUUUCACAAUCUAACGUAGCUGGUAUUCGCCUAUUCAGAAAAUCAGCUCCUGGCAUAAUAGUGGAUCCUGUUGAUACAUAUAAAUUGCCAACCAAGAAACCAAGAAUCCUGCCAGGGGAAGAACUGAAUGAGAAAUCAAAGAAGGUUUUAUGCUGUAUGACCCAUCUGCUGAAUUUUCUCAUACUUGUUCCCCAACUCCUUGAUAGGAUGCAUGAAAAAUACCUUUUGCAGUUCAAAAGGAAAGUUCAAUCUGUGGUCGUUGAUGGCACUGAUAUCAUGGCUGCUGCAACAGAAGCAUGCAGGCGAUCCUUGGCCAGAGCUGAAGCUAAAGAAGGUGCAGCCAAGGCAGCAGCCAAGAAAGAGGAAGAGAGAGUUUCAGCAUUGAAAAAGGCUAGGGGAGAGAAAUGGCUCCCUUCUGUUGCAAAAUAUAUGCUGAGCAUGGAGCAGUCAGCAGUUCAUAAACUGAAGGGAGACUCGUCUAGAGAAGGGAGAUGCUAGUAUUGAGUUCAAUUUAUUUGUAGAAGACUCCUUCCAGUGUUUUCUAAAUUGGCUUUCACCAGGACUCAGGAACAUUUCUGGUGUAACUUUUCAAGAGCUCUUGUGUGCUCGUACUCUCUGCUUUUGCAUAGCCUCAAUCUAUCUUGUUCAUGGUGAAUGGUUUCUUAGA